AGUAUCCUUAUACAGACUCUCACAAUGUGUCUUGCUGUUAGGUAAGAAUCAUUUUCACAACUUGAUUGUGUUAAGGUUAAUGUUUCACAUUUAAUUUUAUUUUAUUUGUUCAACUUAAACUCAUCUUUAAUCAUCAUCACAGUGUAAAUCAAAGGACAACAAUAACUACAUCGUUAAACAAUUAUGGUGAAAAGGCCAAAAUUUAUUGUCAUCACUGGUAACUUGUUGCAUAUGUAAACAGAUGGACAUUUUGUUGUGAUUGUUAUUUUCAUAUUUCACCAUUUUUACAAUAUAAUUUAAAUUGUUAUCAAAUUUGGACUUUUUAAUUUUGUCAACUCUUCCCAAGUGCUUGUUGAAUCUAGUUUUACUGUAAUUGUGGUGGAAAUUAAAUUUAAUAUUGAACUUGCUCUGGAUUUACAUUGGAUAUUUACAAUUUACAAUUCACCUCGUUAAUUCCUGUGUAAAUGCACUCUGGAUUAGAUUGUUAUUAAUAUAUUUAUCCAUUUAUUUGAUGAUUAUACUCCUGGAAAUCACUACAAUCUAAUGGAUUCGUUAACAGGAUUAGACAAAAGCCUGAAAAGAUUUAACAAAUGGAUAUUAGUGAAUGAAAAGUUACUUGAAAGGUUACUUUCAUCCUGCAAAGACUAAUCCGACUCAUUGAAUCCAAUACGUAAAAUUUUGUGAAUCCUUUUGAUUGCUUGGAAACAAAUGAGAACCAGUUUUUAAACUGAUUAAAUUUUGCCCUAAUCAUCACUAUAACUCUCAAGUGUUAAUCACUUUUAACCUUCUCAAACAAUUGAACAAGCUCAUAGUAAACUCUUGGUCCAGUCAUUGAACGUUUCCAACAUUUAAACCAACUAUCAUUUCCCUGUCUUAACCAGUGUUUUGGUAAAUCAAAUUGUGUUCCUAUUGAAAUUAUUGUAAAUUAUGUCUCCAGCAUCAGAGAUGAAACGACCAACAUUUGAAAAUAGUGUCUCAUUGAUGAACAUUAAUUCCUGUGAAAAUUAUGCCGAUGACAAUCCGUCAAUCUAUUCAAGAGCCUAUCGUAAUUUUAGAUCCAAUGAGGAAUAUCUUUGGGCAAUGAAGGAAGAUCUUGCUGAAUGGUUAAACAUUUUGUAUGACAUAAACAUUAAUGCAGACAAUUUCAUUGAAGUACUGGAAACUGGAGUUAUAUUGUGUCGGCAUGCCAACAAUGUUAUUAGCAAAGCAAUUUCAAGUGGCCAUAAAUUUGAUUCAAAGGAUUGUAACAUUAUAUACAAAGGAGAUGAGUUACGUUACCGAGCCAAUGCAAAACCCAAAACCUUUCAGGCGAGAGACAAUGUGUCCAAUUUCAUUGCCUGGUGUAAAUCCCUGAAAAUCCAUGAAUGCCUGUUGUUUGAAACAGAUGACUUGGUUUUGGGUAAAAAUGAGAAAAGCUUUAUCCUCUGUUUACUGGAAGUGGCUCGGAAAUGUACAGCUUUUGGCUUUGCUGCGCCAUUGAUUGUUCAAAUGGAGCAAGAGAUUGACCGAGAGUUGGACCAGGAAAGGUUGGGUCAAUCAAGGGUCCAAAUGGAGUUGGAUCCAGAGACUGAUGAAGACAACCUGACAACCCUAUCAACUUCACCUGAUUCGGGUUACAUGGGAUCGUUAACAUCAAAUGUUUCAACCAACAGUGAUACCAGUACCGAGGGCUCUUACAAGACUGUACAACCCAAAAAAGACAAGGAAAUUAAAAGUGAAUCUCAAAUAAUUACCAACAAUUUGAAGUGUCUCCAUGAAAGGGUUGUUGAUUUACUCAACAGAUGUACUUGUCCAUCACAGUUUCCAAUGGUUAAAGUGGCUGACGGUAAAUAUCGAGUUGGUAAUCCAAAAGUUUUAAUCUAUGUCAGGAUUCUUCGUAAUCAUGUAAUGGUACGUGUUGGUGGAGGCUGGGAUACUUUGGGUCAUUACCUUGAUCGACAUGAUCCUUGUCGGUGUCGAGUUGGAAGCAAAUCAACCCAAAACAAUAAUACCAAUAAUACUGUCACUAAUCUUAAGUCAUCAUUGUUGUCAAGAAAUACAUCUAAUGGACAACAAAUUUGGGUUAAUUACAAUAGGCCUUAUCCAGCUGAACCUCAAUACACAAGCUUUGACAAUUUACGCUGUGACUCUAACUCGAUGAUGUAUCCUAAUCUCAAAAGACGUGAUUCAAUUGGUUUAACUGAAUCAUCUUGUUCACUCAAUUCAUUCUCUGAAGGAAGUGACCGUCAACCCUCUCGAUCAUCUCAAUAUUCAGAUGAUUCAACUUCAUCUUCAACUGUUGGCAGUUCAAUUAGUCCUCGUAGUUCAAUAAGCAGUUCAACUGGCGGCCUACAUCAUUUGAGCACUGGACAAUUAAACUCACCAAACACUAUCCAUUUCCACCAUUUACAUUCCAAAAUUCAAGCAAACCAUUCGAUAACUCUUAACUGUGACAACAACUAUAAGCAAAUUAAUCAAAGACCUGGAUUUAGCAAAACUAAAUCUGGUAUCGCAAAAUAUGUUGGUUUGGCCAAUUAUCAAAUGCCAAUCAGCACUAUUAACAAAGUAAAUUCAUGUACAAAUAUAAGAUUCUGCCAUCAACCCUCUCCUCAAUCUAAAACGAUUCCGCGAAAAAUUUAAUCAUCACAUUAUUGUUAAAUUAAUAUUGCAAAGAUUUUAUUUCUCUUUUACAAUGUAAUAAUAAGCUUUAAUCAACCCAAUCUCUAUGACUGUUAUAAAAUUAUAAUAUUAUAAUUCUGAAGCUUUUGUAAUUUUAAUUCAAAUAAAAAA